AUGCCCCGACGUCUGCCAUCAUCGCACCGCUAUAUCCGCUUCGCCGUCUCCCCACCAUGCACGGACGCCCUCACGCUCCGGAAGACGAUCCAAGACGCGCUCGGGCAGUCGUUCGGACUCGUCUCAUCUCAUACCUAUGUUGACCUGCUGUGGCUGGCCGACGACGGCACCGCGGUCGUCGUACGCAUAGGCGAGACUGAUGCGCCCAAACUGCUGGCUGCGGUGACCGCCUCGAAUGCGACGCCGAGGCUGUCUGUCGUUAAGGAGUCCUCCUUCCUGCCGGCUUUGCUGUGCGCAGAAGCAUUGGCAUGA